AUGCUUCGCUCAGUGUCACGCCAGCUGCCGCGAGCUCUCCGCAAGCCGACACCCGCAUUCCCCACGAUUCGCUUCCUCUCCAGCACUAGCCUACGCAUGGCCGCCAAUCUCCCCCCCGUACGCCCUCCUGUCUCGUCGGCGCUUCCAGCAGAUUCAUACCAACUCCUAUCGACUGCUGAGAAGGCCGGUGUGGCCGAAGAUGCCUUGUUCGAGGAGCAGAUCAAGGCCGUAAACGAGUGGUGGGCCUCCGCCAGAUAUGAGGGCAUCAAGAGACCAUACUCCGCCGAGGCGGUGGUGAGCAAGCGAGGUGCCUUGCAGCAGACAUAUCCCAGCUCGUUAAUGGCAAGAAAGCUGUUCAAUUUGCUGAACGAACGAGCCGCAGAGGGCAAACCAGUCCACACCCUGGGAGCAAUUGACCCUGUACAGAUGACCCAGCAGGCGCCAAACCAGGAGGUGCUUUAUAUAUCAGGAUGGGCGUGCUCAUCUCUUCUUACCUCCACGAACGAAGUCUCGCCGGACUUUGGAGACUACCCAUACAACACCGUGCCAAAUCAGGUACAACGCCUGUUCAAGGCCCAGAACAUGCAUGACAGGAAGCAUUGGGAUGCAAGGCGGAAGUUGUCGCCGGAAGAGCGCAAGAACACUCCUUAUAUUGACUACAUGCGCCCUAUUAUUGCAGACGGUGAUACCGGACACGGCGGCCUCACAGCAGUUAUGAAGCUAGCCAAAUUGUUUGCCGAGAACGGUGCUGCAGCCGUACACUUUGAGGAUCAAUUGCAUGGCGGCAAGAAGUGUGGCCAUCUUGCCGGCAAGGUUCUCGUACCCAUUGCCGAACAUAUCAACAGAUUGGUUGCGGCCCGCUUCCAAUGGGAUAUCAUGGGCACUGAGAACCUUCUUAUCGCGCGAACAGAUUCCGAGAGUGGCAAGCUACUCAGUAGUACCAUCGACGUUCGAGAUCACGAGUUCAUCCUGGGUGUGACGGAGGAGGGUGAUCCUUUAGCUGAGACUUUGCAGAAGAUGGAGCUGGAAGGCGCUUCCGGCGCAGAAAUUGAUGUCUUCGAAGCCCAAUGGGUUAAGAAGCAUAAACUCGUUACAUUCGACGAAGCCGUGGACAAUCACCUUGCUGCCGAAGGCGCCUCCGAGUCCGUUAGAAAUGAAUACAAAUCACACGUUCAGCAGAACCGUGAUCUCUCAAUCUCUGCUCGCCGUGAAUUGGCCGCCAAAUACACUAAGAACCCCGUCUUCUGGUCCUGGGACAUCCCACGCACCCGUGAGGGCUUCUACCAUUACCGUGCUGGCAAUGAAGCAGCAACCAAGCGUGCUAUUGCAUUUGCUCCCUAUGCAGACCUCUUGUGGGUUGAGACUGGAGACCCCAACGUCAGCAAGGCGGCAGACUUUGCUGGCAAGAUCCGCAAGCAAUUCCCCGGCAAGAAGCUGGUGUACAAUUUGAGCCCCUCGUUCAACUGGAUGGGACAAGGAUUCACCGAGAAGACCCUCAAGUCAUUUAUUUGGGAUUUGGCAGAGCAUGGGUUCAUUCUACAACUCAUCUCUCUUGCUGGUCUGCACUACAAUGCCACGAUGGCCACCGAGCUUUCUCGUGGGUUCAAGGAAGACGGCAUGCUGUCUUACGUCAACCUGGUACAGAAACGUGAAAAGGAGAUAGGCGUUGAUGUUCUCACACAUCAGAAAUGGAGCGGUGCACCGUAUGUUGACGGUAUUGUGGGAUCUAUCCUUAGCGGUAGCAGUUCAAACAAGAGCAUGGGUGAAGGAAACACUGAAGACCGUAAGUCAUGA